UCGCUUGGUAGACGCCAGUCGUCCGUGGCGCGAUGCCGAAAGUGCGUCGUUUCUCCGUUCCAUAGUCGCAAUGACAUGUGGAGUGCAUUUACAGAAAGAUUAGCUCUUUUGUGCAGCACUAAACAACAAAAAAGAGCUCAAAUGAGGAACGAUGUCACUCCAGUUUCCACGUCUCCACCAACAAUGCCACCAGCACACGUUACAGCCGAUCAAGUAUCGGAGUUUUUGCGUUUGCAUCCAGAUUUUUUGGAACGUUAUGUGACGGAGGAAGUGGAAUUGGAACAAUUGGAACGAUGGAUAAUAAGGAGAUCUCAAAGAUUGAAGAAAAAAACCGGGUCGUGCUCUAAAAACAACCGAAAAACAAGCUUAUCGAGAUGGAAGUUUUGCGUUCACGCAGAUAAACGACAAAUGCUCCAAGAUCUAACUCACAGUUUACAAUUGAACCCGCAAAAAGAUCAUGUGUUAUGGGAACUUGCAAAUUGCAUUUCCUCGGCGGUUGGUGUCGACGGUUUUAGAUUACAUAUCCCAGAUAAAAAUAAUGGAGACCAACUUUGCUUAUACUUAGGACCUGAAGAUAAAACCGAGCAUGACGAGAUCAAAAUUCACAAAGUUAAAAAUGGGGUUACCGUUCCUUCGUAUGUCGCAAGAACUUUAGAACCCAUCCAUUUGUCUAGCGAUAGUCUUGAUCCUAGAUUUCCGGGAGCAAUAUCCGAAGAGAACGAGGCAUUCCACGUCCUUUGCCAACCGAUCGUCCAACCUGAUGGACAUCUAGCCGCAGUUCUGGAAUUGUGGAGGAAAUCACCAGGGGGGCCGUUUCACGAAGAGGACGAGGAGAUAACCUGCAGCUAUUUAGUUUGGGGCGGUAUAGCAUUACACUACGCCCAUCUCUAUUUAACUAUGGACAAACAACGGAAGCUUAACGAUUUUCUGCUUGCGGUGGUCAAGUAUGCAUCUUUGAUCUUCUUUAACAUGUCAAUCAACUAUCUUAUAUAACAUGCUUGAAUUUUUAUC